AUGUCAACCACCAAUCCAACUAGCGAAACUACUGAAUGGGAUGACUUGCAGAGGAAAUUUGGAAAUCUGCCUCCAUUGGAAAAAGAAAUAAAAGAGGAAGAGAUAUAUUUAAAAAAUAUUGAUAAGCUGGAAAAUGUAAACCCUUUAGAAAAGAAGAAUUUAAACGAGUUAACAUUAAUAGAAGAAAAUUGUAUAGAUGAAGAGUAUUUAAAAAUUAUUGAAAAAUACAAAACUGAUCGUAUAAAUGAGAUUAAUAGAAAUAGAGCUUUUGAAAUUUAUGGAGAGCUGUAUGAUAUAUCGAAGGAUAAUUUUCUUCGAGAAAUUAAUGAAGCUAGUAAGAGAAAUCCAUUGAAUGAGUAUAUGGAAAAAACGGUAGAAGAAAGUACAAAAGGAGAUGAAGAUGAAGAAGAAUAUGUUGAAUAUGAUGAAGGAGAUAAGUACCAACGAAAAGAUGAAGAAGCAAUUUUAAAAAAAAAAAAAAGUGUAAAAGGUACUCACGUUGUUUUACAUUUAUAUUCAGACAAUGUUAUAUCAUGCACAAUUUUAAAUAAUAUUUUAAAACAAAUGGCUAAUAAACAUAAAUAUAUAAAAUUUACAAAAGGUGUAUAUAACAAAAUUAUAGAAAAUUAUCCAGAGUCAAAACUACCUACCAUUUUAAUUUAUUAUAACGGUUCUUGUAUACAUCAAAUAUGUAACAUGGUAAAUUAUAUAAAAGGAGGUACAAACAAAUUGAAUAUUAAAUCUGUUGAAAAAUUUUUAAGUAAAUAUGAUAUUUUAAAGCAUAACAAUUAUAUGCACUCUGAGGGGAGAAGGAAUAAUGAGAACUCACCUGUGAACUCAGACGCGAACUCAAACACGAACUCAUAUGCAUCCUCAGAUGAUGAUAAUGAUAAUAAUAAUAAUAAUGAGAGUUAUAAAAAAAAAAAAAUUAGAAGCACAAAAAAGCAUUACACAUCAUUUAACAUGUUUAGAAGUAAAUAUAAGACGAGCGAAGACGAGGAAGGAGACUUCUCCUCUCACGAAAAGAACGUCAAAUCCAUUGGUUACUCCUCGUCCCUCUUAGAUAACAAAAUUAAGCGAAGCAAUUUUUAG